UUUUAAAAAAGAUAACUUUUAUCUCAAUUUAUUAAUUCCAAUAAUUUAGAUAAAUUUCGCUGAUAAUAUGAAGAUUACUGUGAGACUAUCUUUUGUUUUAUCGAAUUUAAACCAUAUUGACGUUAAAUUAAUUAAAAAUGUCUCUAAAAGACGGUGCCGUUUCCAACGAGGAAAAUAGAACCAUAUUUACAUCAAUAGCUGUGUACUUUCCUGAUGCUAAUGAAAAUUUAAAAACUAUAGAGUUUCUUGAUGCCUCUUCAGGUGUUGUCACUAUUGUUGAAAAAUUCGGGAAGGUAUUUGCCCCUGUUGUCUCUGAUAUGAAUGGAAAUAUUAAUAAAAUAAGAAAAAAAUAUGAGGAAGAUUCUCAGUCACAUCAUGAAAUUGAAACAAUGAUUUUAAAAGAACAAGUUGAAGGUGAAUUGUUUGCAACAGAAUCGUUGAUUUGGCUUAAAAGGGCAUUGCAUUUUUUAAGCACUUUUUUUCAAUAUAUAAUUAUUGACAGUGACACUAAUAGGAACACUCAAGAUUUAGCGCCUUUUUUGAAAAAAGCUUAUUCAGAAAGUCUUGAACCUUAUCAUGGCUGGUUAGGUUCACAAUUAUUUAAUGUGUUAUCAAGAUUUAUUCCAAGUCGCAAGAAUUUAUUCUACACUUUGGCUUUAGACAGACAUAACAGAGAUGAACACGUUUUACGUGACAUGAGAAUUUAUCACCAAAGAAUGAUGGCAUGUGUUGCAAGGCUUACAGAGUUUUAUGCAGCACAUGGUUUAGAAAACCUGUAAUAUACUUAUUACAAAACUUGUAAUAUACCUAUUACAAAACUUGAAAUAUAUUUAUUACAAAUGGCAGAACUUUUUGUGGGGAAAUGUUUAUUACCUACAGGGUAACUGAACUGCAAAACUGAUUAUAAAUUUGUAUUAAUUGGUUUGGAUUGAAUAUACAAUAUUAAAUUUUAAAUAACAUAGUUUUAAUGCUUAUGUCAGUAUUUGUUAUUAGCGAAUUGUCCUUUAAUAAAUUAUGCAGAAAAUUGGAUAAUGUUCUGUAAAUUCUGUUUUAAUUUUGUACGAAGAACUAAAUAAAAUU